AUGGAGCGAGUGGCGCGCAUCUUUGGACGUGCACGUACGUGGACGAAGCCGCAGAUCCAGUCAUGGCGCAUGUACUCUACGCGCCAACCUGGACGCUGGGAGCCGCACGUUACGCAGGUCAAGAAGCCGCUGCCCAAGCUUCCUAACAACAAACCCUACUAUAUCAUUGGCGGUGCCUCCCUCGUUGUGUUCUGGUACCUUUUCUCCUCGUACCUGACAAACAAGGAGCGCCUUGGCUCUUCUGUUCUCCGCAUGGUGUCUCAACGUGUCCGCAGCGAGCCGGAUGUCCACGACUUGCUUGGCGAGCCUGUCUUCCUCAAGCGCAAUGUGUUCGGUGAUCCAUGGAUCGAGGGCAUUAUCAACCCACUCAAGGGCAAGGUCGAUAUGAGUUUCGAAAUUGAGGGCCCACGCGGUGUCGCCACCGUGUACUUUACGUCGGUACGCAAGCAAAAGACGGAGCCGUUCGAGCUUCUGCGGUUCCUUGUCGUGCCUGCUGGCGACUCGAGUCGUGCGAUCUCGCUUCUCGGCCACGGUAUUGAGAACGAGCUGUUGGAAGGGUAG